AUGGUGCCGCCAAUGGUGCUCGCGGGGAGGGAGGAGAUGGUGGAGGAGGUCACUGAGGACGUGACGGCUGAACACACUGCGGACGAUACCGCCGUUGAGAUCAUAGAGGACGCGAGGCCCGAGGAUAUGGCUGAGGAUACUGCUGCGGAAGAGAUCGCAGAGAACGCGACGGCGGAAGAGAUCACAGAGGACACCACCGCUGAGGAGAUUGCAGAGGACGCGACACCUACUGAAAUGACCGAGAAGGCCACCGCAGAGAAAAUGGCCGAGGAGACCGCUGCCGAAGAGAUUAUAGACGACGCGGCAACCGAGAAGAUAGCGACCGAGGACGCGACCGACGAUGCUACAGCAGAGGACACCGCAGACGAAAGGACCAGCGUGGACGAGACUGCCACCGACGAGACAGCAGAGACCGUCCAGAGAACUCUAGGUGUGCCCAGAGGGCUGGGUGAGACUGGAGACGAGACAUUCUGCGUUUUCCGCGUGUCGUUUGGGUUUGCAAAGCUCGUGGUGCAGGGAGCGUGUCUGACGGAGGCAUGGGAGAGGAGCGAGGCGAGCUGCGCAAGCCGUCCGUUAGCGCGUUCGCGUGUCGUGGAUUACUCGAGACGGGGAUCGAGGAAAAGAAUGCGGGUGGUGUAUAUGCCCUCCAUUCGACCCUCGCACCUCCCCGCGCCUUUGCUAGACCGUCCAGCACCUAUCAUGGCGAAGCAGGACCCAGCGAAUGCACGCCGGGCAGAGGAUACUCUGCGCGGCCUAAAUUCGCUCGUCAUCCUACGUCCCGCCGUCCUCCUGUCGUGGAUCUGA